AAAUAUUUCAAACAUAAUGCUGAGCAGAGUACUUGCGUAAAAUGAUGUAACGUCAUAGAAGUAUAAACUAUGGUUUUACGGUCCGCUUGAUUGGUUCCAAAUAAGACGUAAUUGAUUCAAAAUGAUUCGGAGUAAAAAGGAAGAAAAUUUAUUGCAACAUGCACGUGGAAAUGUGUUAGAGAAUCAUUCAGAUGGAACGGUGUUACAGAAUCAUUUACAUGGAACGGAACAGCAACAAAAUGAAAUAAAUAUUCAAAUUGCUUACGACAUGGCAGAAGAAGGAAUAAAUAAUGAGGAUUUUACUGGUACCGAAAAACCUAGUGAAGUAGCUUCACAGCCUGAUUUGAUACGGUCUCAUACAGAAACCUUGUCUCUUGCUACGACGCUCGACUCGACGAUAUACAAUACACCGAUGACGUCAUGUAGCGCGUUUGAUGUGUACUUGACGGCAACGGAAGGCUCGUCAUAUUCACUUGGUGACCAGAUUGUAGGAUUUGACGAAAAAACCGUGAGUGAUUACAAGCUAUCAACGGAGAGUAAAGAUAAUACGGCUAAUGAACGUAGAGCGCAAAUGCUCCGAAGUGAACCUGAUUUAGUUCAAAGGGAUCCACAUUUAUCUUCAAGGUGUGGUGGAAAAGGCGGAGAACGAUUCGGAAACAGUGGCAAAUUUUCACCGAAAAAAUCAACAGACUCAUCUGUAUCUUCAAGAGAUGGGAAACAUGAAAUAAAAAAAGAUGAGAAACAUAUAGUGAAAAAUAAAAACCAUGAUAUAAAAAAGUUGAAGCCAAAUGGAUUGUUAAAAGUGCACGUGCCUGAUGAUUCACUAAGUAUGAAAAAGGGAAUAAUGGGAGGAACAAAGGCUAUUUUGAUCCAAAAGGCAAAGGACAAGUUCAUUAUGCUGAAAGUCCUAAAGGAAUUAAAGGGGAAGAAAUCUUUCAGACCAAUAGCUGAGGAGACAGAGAAGACAACAGACCAUGAUACAGAAACGACAGACCGUGAUAAAGACACUACAAGUGAAGAUUUCAAUUUUCUGGAACAGGUACCAGUCAGUAAAAUGCAACGACAGCAACCCGCCAAAUUUAUCAUACUUCAUUAUUCACCAUUCAAAGCCGUUUGGGAUUGGAUCGUGUUGAUAUUAGUUCUUUACACUGCAGUAUUUACUCCCUACGUUGUCGCAUUCCUGUUAAACGAAGAUGAGACUCGGAUGAGACUCAAUCGGAACUCUUGGACUCGUUCCCAAAGUGACGAAAAUACGAAAGCCGAUCCAUUAGUUUUAAUUGAUUUGAUAGUAGAUCUAAUGUUUAUAGCUGAUAUUGUGAUAAAUUUUAGGACGACAUAUUUACAUAAUGGUGAAGUUGUGAUAUGUGCUAAGAAAAUAGCUAAAAAUUAUGUUAAAGGAUGGUUUGUGAUAGAUACCAUAGCAGCCAUUCCAUUUGAUCUGUUAUUGUUUGGUUCUGGAAAUAGUCAGACAAUGACAAUUGCAGGAUUUUUAAAACUAGCUAGACUUCUACGUCUUCUUCGUGUUCUGCGCAGAAUCGAACAAUUUGCCGAAUACGGAGCAGCUGUGUUGAUGUUGCUGAUGGUAUCCUUCACCUUGAUAGCACAUUGGUUAGCCUGUAUUUUUUAUGCAAUUGCGUACUUCGAGCGUCCGACCCUAGUCGCUGAGAUCAGCUGGUUGGAUGUUCUAGCGAAACAAUGUAAUAGGCCGUACAUGGUUAAUAACACACUGAGUGGGCCUACGAUCAGGUCAAAAUAUAUCACCGCUUUGUAUUUUACUUUUACGACAUUGACAAGUAUUGGAUUUGGCAACAUUGCUCCUGUGACGAACGCAGAGAAAAUAUUUGCUAUUUUUGCAAUGUUACUUGGUUCAUUACUGAGUGCUGCUAUAUUCGGUAACGUUUCAUCCAUUAUGUUACGAGUGUACCAAGGAUCUGAUGAAUUCCACGAGAAAGUCCAGAGUAUUAAGGAAUUCAUUGGGUUUCAUCAUUUACCUAAAAACCUAGCCACCCGUUUACAGGAGUCAUUCCAACACACGUGGUCAUACACGAAUGGAAUAGAUAUGAACAAUGUUUUAAAAAGUUUCCCUGAGUGCCUACAAUCUGAUAUAUGUUUACAUCUAAACAAAAACUUACUGAAUAACUGUCCAGCUUUUAAAGGGGCCAGUCCAGGCUGCCUACGUGCCUUAUCUAUGAAGUUCAAAACAACGCAUGCGCCACCGGGAGACACGCUGAUACACCCGGGUGAUAUUCUAACAGCCAUUUACUUUAUUGCCCGAGGGUCUAUAGAGAUCAUGAAAUCAGACACAGUUAUGGCAAUUUUAGGUAAAGAUGAUAUAUUUGGGGCGGACAUGAAUGCUGGUACUUCCGGGAAGUCAUUAUAUUUCGUCCGAGCUCUCUCUUACUGUGAUAUUAAUAAAAUAGAAAUGGAGGAUUUAAAAGAAAUUCUUCAAACAUAUCCAGAGUUUGCUGAGGAAUUCAUUAUCAAAUUCCAAGUCACCUUUGACCUCAAAAGAGGAACACUUCUAGAAAGAAAAUAUAAAUCAAAGAUGGAGGAUGAAACGUUACGAUUUAUUCGUCAAAAGCGUCCAAGAUUGCAAUGCAAGCGUCGGAAUGCUGAAGAUUCUGGGAGGACAAAUAUGCGACAACGUAGAAGUGAUCGAGCAAUUCGUCAUAGAGUGAGUGUUGUAGAUCAUUCCGGAAGUGAAGAUGAGGGUCCCGGCAUCCUCGAGUUUUCAACGGAAGCAGCAACAGAGUGUGUUGACAUAGAGGACGAUGCUGAAAAUAUAGAGAAGAGUUUAGACAGAAAAAAUUCAAUGCAAUCAAUUGCAGGAGCAAUGACAAAUUUCUUCAGUGUAGUUACCGGUAAAGUGAUGAAGGAAAGGAAAUUAAAAGAGCAGAAACCUUUUCUGUCAAGGUCGCAAGGAUUGCCUCGUUAUGACGUUAAUACGAAUGGACUUGCCCCACAACAUGGGUUAUCGCCCAUAGAAUCUAGCGCCUCUUAUACUCCGAAGUCAUUAUCAAGUUCCGGCCAACAAUGGAAAUUUUCAAAUAUUGAUUUUGAAAUUCAGCAACACCCUGAAAAGGGCAACCUCACGAGUCUACACGAUAUCGAUCACAGGCUCGAGAGUUUACAUGAUCGAAUGAACAAGUUUGAAAACGAACUAUUUCAAACAGUAGAUGCUAUUCUAAAUUUACUUGGACACAAGCCAAAAGUCACAAGAGAAAGUAUUCCAGCCAAACCAGAGAAAACAACGAAGCCAAAGGGAGCCAGGCUGAUAAAAAAUGCCAGCGAACUAGACAGAAUAUUACAAAAUAUGUCAUGAAACCAAAGCGAGCCAAGCUGAUAAAAAAAUGCCAGUGAUCUUAAUUGACAGAAUACUACAAAAAUGUAAUGGAUAUGUCUUAAUAUCUUACUGUUAAUUCAGAAAUUAUUGUGAGGUUUUUAUUCAUGCGAAUACGCUACUGUGUGUGUUUUCUCACAUUCUGAUAUCACAUACUUACAGAUGGAGAGUUGUCUCAUUAUCACUCAUACCACAUCUUUGUAUACAUGUUAUAUCUAUGUAUGCUGAUUUUCCCUAAACCGCAAUCAUUAAUCUCGCAUUUUUAAAAAUUCGCAAUAUCAAAGCACAGAAACAUUUCUGCAUUAGCAACUUUUCUCGGCAAACCUUUUAUAUUUAUGUGAUAUGUUCACUCUAAUUAGAACGACAAUUAUGUCAACAUUGAUGAAGGAAAACAUAGUUUGCGUUUUGUUUUUACAUUGACAGAUAUCACUGAACUCGAAAUACAAUUUCCAUAUCGACAAACCGUCAAUAACAAUCACAUAUUCAAGUUCCAUAUUCUGUAAGAGUCUUUAUGUUAGUCUCAAUCAACUGAUAAUCAUACAACGAUUGACUGUACUCAUACGUUAAUAUAUUACUCAUUAACUCAAUGAAUCCAUAAAGACGACAUUUCAUGAUAUCAACUCAUGGCUUGACUCUACUCAAUAAGACAUGCGUUCACAGACUAACUUCAAGUAGACGUCAAUUCAUUUACUCAUGGCCAUAUGAGUGUGACCUAUAAAUAAUGUCAGCGGAAACGGACACAUGAUUCAAAUACAUGUAACUGAAGACAAUCUAACGCUUAUUUUGAUUUACUCUUGUUCAAUUCUUAGAUUAUUGGUUUUUGAGAUUUCACAGUCCGGCAUACAUUUUGUACUUUGUCGUGUUACAUUUUUGUUCGCUAAAUGAAUAUUGUAACCUGCAAUUUUGUAAAACUAAGCAAAUCAUUACAAUGUAUAACGCGAGUUAUCGCUCUUUUACGAAAUUUUCAUUUGAUCUUACUGACUGAUAAUUUCCUUUCUCAACACAGUAGAGUGAUACGCAAAAACAUCGCUAGAAAUAAAGGGUGCACGUGCCCGUUGUCAAUAAAAUUAACAACGUGGCCAUAGGUAAAAUAGCGAUAAACAAAUUAUCAUUGGUCAUCUCGAAUCGAUUGCAUUUCUCACAUUUCGCCGAACCGGCUAAAGCGUGAAAAUCAAUCUCAUUGAGAUAAUCAACGAUUAUCUAUAAAUAUAAUAUCAUCGAAAAUCAGUUGGUUUACACUACGUGUAUGGUAUAUUUAUAAUCCCUAUAAAUUACGCAUGGUAACGAAUAUAUUGUUAGUAUAAAUUCACCCUUUGUCUCAAAGACAACUGUUUAUUUACAUUAUAGUGAAUGACUGGAACAUUAAAAAUUUGUAUAUAUAUAUGUUUGAUCAGUGUGGGUCAGUCUAACCGUCCAAUAUGUUUUCUUUUAUAUAACAUAUAAAAACGCUAAA